CCUGCAGCAGCACGUUGAACACUGAGCCAGUGUGUCAGAUAUUAAACACCUCAGGGAACCUUUUGUGUAUCACGGAAAAGAGGAACCUUUCUGGGAGGGAAAAGGUAGGGGGAUUUGUUUUUUUGGCGGUUCACCUGUUUUGUGUGCUUUGGUGGGUAGGUACUGGAUGGUGGAUGUGUCUGGGAUAGAACUGUGAACUUUCAGUAUGAGAACUAACAUUGAGAGAGAGAGUUUUGAGAUAGAGAGAGAGCAAGAGAGACAUUUUGGCAUGCUCUCUGCCUCUGGCUUAGGGAACUGUUACAGAGUUUGUCAGAUAGUCCUUUCUUUCCAAGUUUUGACUGGAUCGGAAAUGUUUCAACAGAACAUUUGGUGCAACUUUAUAGACCAACUGUUUUUAUAUCAGUAUGGUGACAUUCAUUCAUUUCAGCAGUGUCAUUCUGGGUCAGGCUAUUCAAAACUGAGGAAGUGAUACAGUUAAUUAUACUGAGUAUGUUUCACUUUUGUAAAUGUCUUAGUAUGCUGUUAGCUGAGGCAUGUGGUGAAAGUCAAGUUGGUGGUAUAGUUGUUGCAGAAACAAUGCAGCAUAUUCUAUUUGGCAAUUUAAUUCAAAUUGAAAAUUACUUUUAUUUUCUUUCACUCUGGUAUCUAUCUCUAAGGCAAGUUACAGUAAUACACUUUUUUAUGCUCAUGUUUAUAACUCCACAGCAGUUUCACUAGUUCACUAGAUCUGUCUUGUGUUGUGAUGAUGCAUCCUGCGUGUAUACUGUCAGUGUACUCAUCACAGAUCUGAGUAUCAAGAAGUCAUCGUCUUUCACUGUUGGGAACUUUCAUUUGACAUGAUUGGCCAUUUUACAUGUGAUGAGUGAAGCUGUCCCAUAGACCUCAAUACACCCUGUCAUUUUAGCCUUUGUUAUGGGGGAUUGUGAGAAACAGGUGGGUAGAUGACUUAUCUCUACCGAACGCCAAAAAACGAACAUGUGGGACGGGGUAUAAUUCUAUUUGUGCGAUGAUAAACUAGACUGUGAGAAAGAGAAGCAGAGAGAGAGGUUGUUUAUGAGGCAAUGAGAACGAUCAGCCAUGCUCUAUUUGAACAGUACUGUGACUGUGACCGCAGCACCUGCUGCUGAAACUCAUUAUGGUUAGUGUUAUAGCUCAGGGUUGUGUGUGUGUGUGUGUGUGUGUACGUGUGUGUGUGUGUUUUUCGUGGUCAGGUCACUGGUUCUAACACCUCUGUGCCACAAGAAUGUUCAGUAUAUCAUUUAGGUCUAUAGCCUUUUUCCUGGUUAAAAGCCCAUGUCAUCCCUCCGGUGGGUGCCGCUAACAGCUUUUACUUUCUUCCUGCCCCGUCCCUAUAGACACCAGGCCGUGUCCCCACCAUGCAUGUGAGACAUGACCAACAAGGCAGCCUGGGAUAGCUUGAGAAGCCCCACGAACAGCAUGGAGCCUAUAGGUACUAUAUAGGGAAUAGGGUGUCAUUUGACGCGCCACGAUUUCAACAGUGGCAUGCAUGUACAUUUGAUCCAAAAUGGAACAUUUGCUGUAGGACUUUUAUUAACAUUAACUCCUAACUUCUGACCCUCCAGGAAGCUGUGCCCCCUCGGCCUCAGAGUCGGACAUCUACCGCAGCGUCCAGGCCGUGCUCAGGGAGCUGGAGAGCCAACACCCCUCCUCUGUGCACAAUAAAGGUAAACCCACCAGUAGUUUCCACUAGACUCUUUAUAGGGUUUACACACUGUUGUGUGAGCAUGGCUCCGUAUAAAGUCAGCCUGCUUUUGUUGCACAUUGCUUAUUUCCAGUCUGGUUUGGUCAGGGGUGUCGCUAGCGGGCUAGCUUCAACUGGUAGUGCUAGCUAGAUGCAUAGCAAGCUUCAUCAAGUAACCCCCACAUUACUGACCCUAAGCUUAAUAAAGAUACAUAUGGGUACCCUUACAUCACAAGAGGCUGGUGAGGGGAGGACGGCUCAUAAUAAUGGCUGGAAUGAAGUGAAUGGAAUGGAACGUGUUUGUUACCGUUCCAUUUAUUCAUUUUUCUUAUUAUUUUUUUGUAUUUUACCCCCUUUUUCUCCCCAAUUUUGAUCUUGUCUCUGCAAGGGCUCGGGAGGCGAAGGUCGAGUCAUGCGUCCGCCAAAAUGCGCUUCUUAACACCCGCCCUCUUAACCUGGAAGCCAGCCGCACCAAUGUGUCGGAGGAAACACCGUUCAACUGACGACCGAUGUCAGCCUGCAGGCGCCUGGCCCACCACAAGGAGUCGCUAGAGCGCGAUGAGCCAAGUAAAGCCCCCCCCGGCCAAACCCUGCCCUAACCCGGACAACGCUGGGCCAAUUGUGCGCCGCCCGAUGGGACUCCCGAUCACGGCCGGUUGUGAUACAGCCCGGGAUCGAACCCGGGUCUGUAGUGACGCCUCUAGCACUGCGAUGCAGUGCCUUAGACCGCUGCGCCUCUCGGGAGACCCGUUCCAUUCAUUACAUUCCAGCCUGUCCUCCCCAAUUAAUGUGCCACCAGCCGCCUGUGCCUUACAUACAAAGCAUCUAGGUCUAAAAUGGUCUAAAGGUCCCUGACUUGAUCCUCUUUAAUGUGCCAACCAGGCCUUAUCAAUCUGCCCAAACCACAUGAGGAUGACACGUAACGCUGCCUGCCAAUAAUCGGAAAAUUGCACUUAGUCAGCUAUUUGUUUUAGCCACAGUUUGGAUUAGUUGUGCAAUGGAACAAAGCAUUGACACUGAGUCACACCAGCUAUUUGUGUAGAGCUAUGGAAACAACGGAGAGUGUGAGUGCUGUUUAGCGCCAUGUCUGUGGAAAUGUUUGUGCUGAGUGUGUGUUUUUCCAUUUGAAGGGAUGCUAAGAUGGACGCUGCACAAGAAGGUUCGGAACAAUCCUGCCAACAGUCUCAUUCUGGUGAGAGUCGUCGUCAAGGAGCUGGAAAAGGUAUGUCAUCAAUGUGUGCCAUUAGACCAUUCCGUGGCCUUAUAUGGAGAAAUAUACGGCUCUGGGCCAUUUAUUAUUAGUCAUUCCAUUUGGAGUGUAUCCAGUGCAUAUGGUACGUUAGAUUUCACUGUAGUGUCAAGAAACAUGAUAAGACAAUCAACGAUUGCUACCCAAAUAAACUUGUUUGCCACAGAUGAAAAGAACACAGAGAUUGUCAAGGACAUUGUGCAACGAUGUGAAACAUGAAUGUUAUGUCUAGUGGAACCAGGGGCGGAUUGGCCAUCAGGCAUUUCAGGCAAAUGCCAGAUGGAUUGGUUUAUUUUUAGCACAGUGGGUCUGUCAAACUUGUUUUUUUUUACGCAAAAUGAUCAUUAACUUGCUAAUAAUGGGCCUGUGUGGAGGCCUCAAGGAAAAUAAUUGUCCAAUGUGUUAGAAAUGCCAGGGCCGAUUUCUGGUCCCAGUCCGCCCCUGGUGGUAACAGACAAGCUAUCUUCUACAGACAAACUUUGUAUUAGUGAGUAACUGACUGACACAGUUUGUGUGUUUGUCUCUUGUUGUCUGCAGGCUGAGAGGGUAGAUUGUCGGAUACACAUCAUCCCCCUGCUCCACACACUCAUCUAUGCUGUCAUACAGGUAGGUUCUGGGGCUUACAUUACACAAAGAAACACCUGUCAGACAUGAUAACACCAUCUUUACAGACCGACCUGUCUCAGGGUUGGCUGGGGAGGAGCUUUAAUUUGGGGGAUUGGAUCAUUUCCUAUCACUGUUUUGAUGAUCUCAGAUUUGAUGAAGUCUUACUUCCUGUUAAUCGUCUCUUAUACUUCCUGGUCAGGCUAGGUCAGGACUCUGUCCUGUAGUAGACCUUUAUCUCUUCUUUAUCUGUUAGUGUCUUAAAGAGACAGUUCUUGUUGUUACCGGUUCAUUACAGUAGAAUAUAAUAGAAUGGGAUAGAAUAUAAUAGAAUGGGAUAGAAAAUAAUAGAAUAUUACAAACCAUUAACGAUUGCUUGUUUUGGGAAGUUUGUGCAAGUAUUUAUGGAGGGAAAUAGUACCAUACUGUAUUUGAGGGUUGUGUGUACCAUACCAAUUGUGUUUGGUGGUUUAGUUCAGUCUUAGGACAGCUGUGACUGACUGACAGUGCUAACUGUGCGUAUAUCUGUGUAUGUUCCAGUCAGCAUAUCUUCCUGACGACCUGUACGAGCGGGUGUAUGACUUCUGUAAGAGGCUACUUACCCUCCCCCAGCCCUACUGUACUGUCGGCCUCAGCUACACCAGACGCAUGAAGACAGAACGCUACACACCAGGUACUGAAACCAACAUACAUCCUUGGUCUAGCAUGUCGAAUGAUGUAUUUUUUAUUAUGUAUUAGAUAAGACUUUAUUGGUAGAAUUUACUGUCUUCAUAGGUGAUCAUCGUUUUACUGUAAUACACUUUAUAAUGAAGAGGGAUGUUUGUUUCAAUGUAUUCAAUGGCUGUAGUACGAGAAUGUCAUGUGUUUUAUCUGGAUAGUAAAUAUUUUUGACCCACAGGAGUGCUGUAUCAGAGGAUGGUUGUAGCAGAGCAGAGCUUGAAGAAUGUCUACCAUCCGUUUCAGGAGAGGUGAGAGAACAACCUAACUUGAUGUUGUAUACACACGGUGACACAGAGAGAAGCCAUUUUUCCUUAUGGUAUAGAAUGAUAUGCUGUUUGUAGAUAAAGUAGCUUGUAAUAACAGAAGCUUGCAUGUGAACUGCCAACCAAACAAUCAGGGAACUGGUUAAUCAAGGAUAACCAAAGGCAAUAACUCAAUCUCUCCUAUGGUCUCCUAGGGUGUUUGUGUUCGCCGAUCCGGCGGUCUUCUCCGGCCCCCUCGGUGGGGCGCUGAGGUGGGACAUCGAGGCCUCAGGGUCAGGGGGGUAUCUGAACCCCCUUGACUACAUGCGGAGCGUGGUCCAACACUCCAUCCAGGCUGCUCUAGGUGGGGAGCUGUGCCACAGUCAUAAACUGGCACAGGUACUGAAGGUCAGUGUGCUUGCGGUUGCGCUGCAGUUGGGUUUAUGUUUGUAUGUGAUUCAUGUCACACAGCCCAACAUUGAGUUUCACUAUGAUGUUUCUUCUUCUGUUCAAGUCUUUGUUCUUUCGCUAUGCGUAUGUGAUGAUGGGUUUCAGGGUAAAAGUUAUUGUUAAAACCCUUCUUUUACUUUGUUUUAUUUCUUUAUUUGUCCAUCCACCCCUCUUCGGAGAACAAAAGGAACUUCGUUUUUAUAUAAUUUUUUUUUUUUUUUACAUGUACAUUGUACACACAUUUUACAUAUACAGCACUUUUUACACCGUAGAAAAACCUUUUGGGUUUGACUUCUGUUCUAGAGUAAAGAAACCUGUUUUAUGGUCUUGAUAGUUACUUUGAUGUUUACUUCGGUUUGACUUUGGUUUUGUCGUGUCAUUUCACAAAUGUUGCUGUGUUCAAAGUUUGUUCAAAGUUAUCUAAAUCAAUAUCACUUUGUGUUUGAUACUAGUUUCUAUUUCAGUGUAUUGCGCAAUCCCCUUUGUAGCAAAGCUCAGUAAGCUAGAAGGUCUCUACUGGUGCCUCAUACAUGCCAUCUCAGUCAUAUUCAGCAACACACUUAACCAGAGAUUAUCUAUAAUGACUCAACAAUGUGUUGUUUAGUUGUGUUGUUCCAUGAUCUAACAGAGGUUGGCACCAUUCUUAAUAAAACACACACACACAUACUUACACACACUGGUCCUAAUAUAACACUCAUCUCAACAGGAUGUCUCAAACUCAGACUUCCAGAUGUGUUUGUCUGGACACUGGUGGCCUUUCACCUGUAUUCUAUUGAUAGACGGUGUGUGUGUGUGUGUGUCUGUCCGUCCGCAUCCAUGUGUCUCCACGUGUGUGUCUGUUUGUGCGUGUGUGUGUGUGGCAGGAAAUGGGCCAGGACGUGGAGCCGUACUUCCAGGAAGUGGUGGCCAGUCUGGAGCAGAGUGUGGAGGAGGGCAGCAAGGGGGAGGGGGUGAUGCUGAGGGGGAGACUGGGACAACUCUACAGAGAGAUCCUCACCCAUACUGACACAUCAGGUACUGUAUCCUUAUCAUAGAGGGGUCAUCUUUUGACAAGUGAACAUGGAGGGGUACUAUAGAUUACAGCUGGUACAUGUAUACAGUGGGGAAAAAAUGUAUUUAGUCAGCCACCAAUUGUGCAAGUUCUCCCACUUAAAAAGAUGAGAGAGGCCUGUAAUUUUCAUCAUACAGUGAGGGAAAAAAGUAUUUGAUCCCCUGCUGAUUUUGUACGUUUGCCCACUGACAAAGACAUGAUCAGUCUAUAAUUUUAAUUGUAGGUUUAUUUGAACAGUGAGAGACAGAAUAACAACAAAGAAAUCCAUAAAAACGCAUGUCAAAAAUGUUAUAAAUUCAUUUGCAUUUUAAUGAGGGAAAUAAGUAUUUGACCCCUCUGCAAAACAUGACUUAGUACUUGGUGGCAAAACCCUUGUUGACAAUCACAGAGGUCAGACGUUUCUUGUAGUUGGCCACCAGGUUUGCACACAUCUCAGGAGGGAUUUUGUUCCACUCCUCUUUGCAGAUCUUCUCCAAGUCAUUAAGGUUUCGAGGCUGACGUUUGGCAACUCGAACCUUCAGCUCCCUCCACAGAUUUUCUAUGGGAUUAAGGUCUGGAGACUGGCUAGGCUACUCCAGGACCUUAAUGUGCUUCUUAUUGAGCCACUCCUUUGUUGCCUUGGCCAUGUGUUUUGGGUCAUUGUCAUGCUGGAAUACCCAUCCACGACCCAUUUUCAAUGCCCUGGCUGAGGGAAGGAGGUUCUCACCCAAGAUUUGACGGUACAUGGCCCCGUCCAUCGUCUCUUUGAUGGGGUGAAGUUGUCCUGUCCCCUUAGCAGAAAAACACCCCCAAAGCAUAAUGUUUCCACCUCCAUGUUUGACAGUGGGGAUGGUGUUCUUGUGGUCAUAGGCAGCAUCGAUCCAGGCAGAGCCAAAGAGCUCGAUUUUGGUCUCAUCUGACCACAACACUUUCACCCAGUUCUCCUCUGAAUCAUUCAGAUGUUCAUUGGCAAACUUCAGACGGCCCUGUAUAUGUGCUUUCUUGAGCAGGGGGACCUUGCGGGCGCUGCAGGAUUUCAGUCCUUCACGGCGUAGUGUGUUACCAAUUGUUUUCUUGGUGACUAUGGUCCCAGCUACCUUGAGAUCAUUGACAAGAUCCUCCCGUGUAGUUCUGGGCUGAAUCCUCACCGUUCUCAUGAUCAUUGCAACUCCACAAGGUGAGAUCUUGCAUGGAGCCCCAGGCCGAGGGAGAUUGACAGUGCUUUUGUGUUUCUUCCAUUAGCGAAUAAUCGCACCAACUGUUGUCACCUUCUCACCAAGCUGCUUGGCGAUGGUCUUGUAGCCUAUUCCAGCCUUGUGUAGGUCUACAAUCCUGUCCCUGACAUCCUUGGAGAGCUCUUUGGUCUUGGCCAUGGUGGAGAGUUUGGAAUCUGAUUGAUCGAUUGCUUCUGUGGACAGGUGUCUUUUAUACAGGUAACAAACUGAGAUUAGGAGCACUCCCUUUAAGAGUGUGCUCCUAAUCUCAGCUCGUUACCUGUAUAAAAGACACCUGGGAGCCAGAAAUCUUUCUGAUUGAGAGGGGGUCAAAUACUUAUUUCCCUCAUUAAAAUGGAAAUCAAUUUAUAACAUUUUUUACAUGCGUUUUUAUGGAUUUUUUGGUUGUUAUUCUGUCUCUCACUGUUCAAAUAAACCUACCAUUAAAAUUAUAGACUGAUCAUUUCUUUGUCAGUGGGCAAACGUACAAAAUCCGCAGGGGAUCAAAUACUUUUUUUCCCUCACUGUAGGUACACGUCAACUAUGACAGACAAAUUGAGAUUUUUUUUCUCCAGAAAAUCACAUUGUAGGAUUUUUUAUGAAUUUAUUUGCAAAUUAUGGUGGAAAAUAAGUAUUUGGUCACCUACAAACAAGCAAGAUUUCUGGCUCUCACAGACCUGUAACUUCUUCUUUAAGAGGCUCCUCUGUCCUCCACUCGUUACCUGUAUUAAUGGCACCUGUUUGAACUUGUUAUCAGUAUAAAAGACACCUGUCCACAACCUCAAACAGUCACACUCCAAACUCCAAGACCAAAGAGCUGUCAAAGGACACCAGAAACAAAAUUGUAGACCUGCACCAGGCUGGGAAGACUGAAUCUGCAAUAGGUAAGCAGCUUGGUUUGAAGAAAUCAACUGUGGGAGCAAUUAUUAGGAAAUGGAAGACAUGCAAGACCACUGAUAAUCUCCCUCGAUCUGGGGCUCCACGCAAGAUCUCACCCCGUGGAGUCAAAAUGAUCACAAGAACGGUGAGCAAAAAUCCCAGAACCACACGGGGGGACCUAGUGAAUGACCUGCAGAGAGCUGGGACCAAAGUAACAACGCCUACCAUCAGUAACACACUACGCCGCCAGGGACUCAAAUCCUGCAGUGCCAGACGUGUCCCCCUGCUUAAGCCCUGUCCAGGCCCGUCUGAAGUUUGCUAGAGUGCAUUUGGAUGAUCCAGAAGAGGAUUGGGAGAAUGUCAUAUGGUCAGAUGAAACCAAAAUAGAACUUUUUGGUAAAAACUCAACUCGUCGUGUUUGGAGGACAAAGAAUGCUGAGUUGCAUCCAAAGAACACCAUACCUACUGUGAAGCAUGGGGGUGGAAACAUCAUGCUUUGGGGCUGUUUUUCUGCAAAGGGACCAGGACGACUGAUCCGUGUAAAGGAAAGAAUGAAUGGGGCCAUGUAUCGUGAGAUUUUGAGUGAAAACCUCCUUCCAUCAGCAAGAGCAUUGAAGAUGAAACGUGGCUGGGUCUUUCAGCAUGACAAUGAUCCCAAACACACCGCCCGGGCAACGAAGGAGUGGCCUAGCCAUUUCAAGGUCCUGGAGUGGCCUAGCCAGUCUCCAGAUCUCAACCCCAUAGAAAAUCUUUGGAGGGAGUUGAAAGUCCGUGUUGCCCAGCGACAGCCCCAAAACAUCACUGCUCUAGAGGAGAUCUGCAUGGAGGAAUGGGCCAAAAUACCAGCAACAGUGUGUGAAAACCUUGUGAAGACUUACAGAAAACGUUUGACCUGUGUCAUUGCCAACAAAGGGUAUAUAACAAAGUAUUGAGAAACUUUAGUUAUUGACCAAAUACUUAUUUUCCACCAUAAUUUGCAAAUAAAUUCAUUAAAAAUCCUACAAUGUGAUUUUCUGGAUUAUUUUUUCUCAUUUUGUCUGUCAUAGUUGACGUGUACCUAUGAUGAAAAUUACAGGCCUCUCUCAUCUUUUUAAAUGGGAGAACUUGCACAAUUGGUGGCUGACUAAAUACUUUUUUCUCCCACUGUAUAAGUAGUUGUACAUUUUUUACAUAGGGCUUAUUCAGAUAAAUACUGCCAAUGCUGUCAAUUGUGUUGGUGUGUCUUCAAGCUGACACAUACCGUUCAGUGCAGCAGUCACUAACUUCGGGAACGUUAUUAAUAGAUCGCUCUAUAGCAGUCACUGAUGUUGGGAAUGUUAUUAAUAGAUUGCUGUAUAGGUCAGCUGAUAUUUCACACUGUAUUCCUCCCCCCCCCCACCCUUUAAGACGGAUGUACAGUGUAUUUCCCUUUUCAUCCAUAUUUAUUAUUCUCAUCAUAACAACUAUCCUUCAAAUGGACCUCUCUCACAGACCAGCUGUGAAGCCAUAUACUUAGUUUAGGGCAGGGGGACCAGGAAGUAAGCGGGUAUUGUGUUGUUUUUGGUGUCAUUGUGACAGUGUGGGCUCUUCCUGGUUUAGACAUAUUGUCGUCCGGUGGCGGGGGAUCCCUGUGUGACACGCCACUUCCCAACCCGGAGAUGAGCUUCCACCUGUGGCAGGAGGAUGAGGAGAUCUGUGAGUGGCGAGAUCUGUUGUUUAUACACACCCAUGGGAACUCAUGUACACACCAAUGGGAGAACUCUGUUACAUCAACUCUGUUACUCUGUUUAAUAACAAAUAAUACUUUUUUUCUCAAAAAGGGUAGGGGUCAAAAUUAUUGACACCCCUAAAGAUUCUUAGAAAUAAAGUAGUCAAAAGUUUAGUAUUUGAUCCCAUAUUCCUAGUACGCAAUGACUACAUCAAGCUUGCGACUCUACAAACGAUUGGAUGCAUUUGCAGUUCGUUUUUAGUUGUGUUUCAGAUUAUUUUGUGCCCAAUAGAAAUGAAUGGUAAAUAAUGUAUUGUGUCAUUUUGGAGUCACUUUUAUUGUAAAUAAGAAUAUAAUAUGUUUCUGAACACUUCUACAUUAAUGUGGAUGCUACCAUGAUUAUGGAUAAUCCUAAAUGAAUCGUGAAUAAUGAUGAGUGAGAAAGCUACAGAGGGUCAAAGAUGAUGAUGAUUAUUAUUGUCAUUAUUUUAAUUAUUUAUUUUAUACAGUCAUUAUUGCUAAUCUUUAUCAAGGGUGUCAAUCAUUUCGGACCCCACUGUAUGUUAAAAGGGUUUCACCCAAUGCGAACUUCCAAUACUAUAGCUCUUUUUUGUCUCACUGCUUCAUGUUCUCAUUGACCUGCAUUGACAUACAUUUUACAGCGAUACAGUAAUCUAAUUCCUAUUUCUCUGAUGUCACGUCUUCCAACAGGGCGCGAGCUGGCCAAGUGUGUGCGCUCCAGCUCCAUGUCGUCGGAACACUUCUGCCUCGACCAGGAGACCGACUUUGACCUCGCCGACCUCCCCGCCGACCUCACUUCCUCCUCCGCCAUGCCCCGCCACUCCGUGAUGUCCAACGACAGCGGCAUCGAGAGGGAUCUUCCCCCUGGGGUUGAGCCAUCAGUGGUAGAACCCUCUGGUGGUUUGGAGGAGGGGGAGGCCAGGUUAACCCGACGAGGAGGCAUCAAGAUGAGGCCGUCAGUCACGGACCAUAUGGCCCUGAUGCAGGACGCUCUGGAGGAGAGUGGGAGCGUGGCCGGGGGAGGGGCAGCCAUUGGAGGGGGGAAACUUCAGAGGAAGGCGGGGUGCAGCGGGACCCCCUCAUUCUCCAAGCAGCAGAGGCACUUCACGGCCCGGAUCGUGGUGAUGGGGGACGACAGGGUGCUGGGGAAGCUGGCUAAGGCCUUCUACUUUCUCAGGUGAGGGACAAGGAUCAUGGGUAAUGUAGUCUGGGAGACUGCAUGUAGUUUGUAGUGGAUAUUAGAUAUAUUAGAAUGGAUACUGGAUAUGAUAGAUUUCUGUUAGAAAUUAUCAUAGUACAGUUUUUGGAGACAGUUCCACCUACAACAUCUCAGUUUGGUUAGCCUUAUACUAUGCUGUUGAAAAUGUUUUAUUUCCUAAUGUCCAAAAAUGGAAUCGGAAACUAACAGUCCAUAUUUGCAUUUCCAUGGUCUAGUCAGGAAGAAGAAAGUUGAAUUGAAAACAAGACACAUUAAUAGUUAAUGCGUCAGAAAUAUACAAUGGGAUUAUUCCGACUAACUCAAGACUGGUUAUUACAGCCAUUUUGGUUUCCUGUGUAGCAUGGUUUUAGGGUUUAUUAAUCAUUGGUUUCCCUCUGCAGGAAAAGGGAAGCGCGUCGUCUCUUUCUGACGAUGAAAGUCAACUUCCAGUUUUACUACAUCCCUGUCUGUGAAGAUACCAGUCCCACCUGUCCUGUCAAAGUAAGACCACAAACUAACACCUCACUCCUAUCCGUUUACAACCUGUCAAGAGACAAAGAUAUGACUCAUUUCAGUGUUUCAGUAUGUGAUCACCCACACACAGUAUGUGAAAUGAUCACAUCAAAAGAAUGUAGGUUGAAAUGGCAGAUUUGGGCACUAAUAAGGGCCUAUAUUGGAACAUAGUGGCUGUACAGUAAUAUGCUGUAAAUGACAUCAGAGCUCAGGCUCUGUGCUUCACAGCGCUGUAUGGGUUUUGACUGACAGCUGUUCUGAACUUCAGCACCACGCGCAGCAAGAAGUUGCCCCCAUCCCUCCUGCUAGUUGGACAACUUUUGAAAUGUUUUGUUGUCUGAGUGAGGGAAAUUCUGUCAAUUAAGAGGACUCGAUGUAUUUUGAAAGAUAAGAUGUUGAGAAUUAUAAUAAAUACUACUUUGAUGUCAUACAAGCAAAACACCAAAAUGUCAAAAUGUGCACUUCACAUUUCCAUAUCAUAAAACUCAUGUAAUAUACUGUCAAAAUGUAUGAUCACUGUGUUUGAUGUACAGUUACAAGAUGACAUCAAUCAAUCAAAUGAAUUUAUAAAGCCCUUUUUACAUCAGCAGAUGUCACAAAGUGCUAUACAGAAACCCAGCCUAAAACCCCAAACAGCAAGCAAUGCAGAUGUAGAAGCAUGGUGUCAUACCCUGGGUUGUUCUGAACAGAAUCUCACUUGGCAAAAACUGGUUGAAUCAAUGUUGUUUCCACGCCAUUUCAACAACAAAAAAUCUAUGUGAUGAUGUUGAAUUAAGGUGGAAAACUGAUUGGAUUUGAAAAAAGUCAUCAACAUAAAUCUAAUGAUGUAGUGACAUUGUUUGUUGAUUUCACGUUGAAUUCACAUUAGUUGACAACUCAAUCAAAUGUAAAUCAAAACUAGACGUUGAAAUGACGUCUGUGCCCAAUGGGAUGUUUGUCUAUUAUGAAGAAAAUCCGUCACGGAACACGCAGCUGAAUGCACGUGUCACGGUUUCGGCCGAGGCUGCUCCUCCUCCUGGUUCGGGCAGGCUUCGGCGGUCGUCGUCCCCGGAGUACUAGCUGCCACCGAUCUAUGUUUCAUGUUCGUUUGGUUUUGUCUUGAUGUUGUACAGCUGUGUCUUGUUAGUCCUCGUUAGUGUCCUAUUUAGUUCUCGUUGGUUGUGUGUGUCUUUGUGUGUGAUUGCUCUUCUGUUUCGUGUUGGAGCUACUAUUUUCCCUCCAGUGUUUUGGAGAGGUUCUUUUGCACAUGUUAGUGCGCCGUUUGUUUUGUCGCCUGUGUGCGCCGUGUAUUCGCCUUCGGGCUUAUUGUGCUUAUGUAUUUUGUGAAUAUUGCACUAAAGCCUUUGGACUGAGCCUCUGCGUCCUGCGCCUGAUUCACACACCACACCCACCUUCAGCACCCGUUGACAGCACCUGAAUGCACGCAUGACUCCUUUUGAUGCGCACCAAAAUUACGAUAUGUUCUCUGAAUUGCCCUGUGAAAGCCUAACACUGUAAGAUCGUAUUUUAUAACUUAGCUAGUCAUGUUGGCAAUAGAACAAGCUUUCAAAUGAUGACCACCUGACCCAGAUUGCGAUUUAUAAUGGUCCGUCUUUGGAUUGCGUAAACAACAACAGUAAUUAUGUGAUGGUGGUGAUGCAGUAUUGUGUUCCAAACAAAACAACUACAAGUCUGCUUGCUGUAGUUCCUCAACGGCACAGCUAGGAGAGCUCAAAAAAGCACCUUAUAGUUGAAGACUCUUCUUUGAGUCAUAAAAAUGCAUUGAAAUUACUUAGAAACUGAGCACACUUUGGAGAGGUGUGUGGCCACUUGGAGACAAUUUUUUUUGUCUUAUGUUGCACCUACCUCACAUUUUCCAGGAAUAUUCUUAUCAUGUUAUUGAAUGUAUUCAGAGUAUUUUUUAGAGAUUCUGUUAUCAAUAAAUGUGGCGAAAAGUACAGUAAAUGUAAAAUACGCAUUAAAUCAACAGUGUAAUGUUUGGAUUCAAUCUUGUGUCAGGUGAACUGUGUCCUCAACUUUGGUAUUAUAAUUUUCCCAUAAUCUCCAAACUGUUCCCUUUCAAUUGCUACCAUGGUUAUGCAUAUGUUUGUUUAUAUUUCUUCUGUAAGAAGCAUUUCAAUUUAGCCCUAUCCAUAUAGGCCAAUUCCCACGAGUGUAAAGGGUUAAUGUUGUUCUCUGGUUUUACACUUAACUUGGCUGUAGUUGAGUAACCCUAACAGUUUAAUACAGUAGUGUAUCUAUAAUAUACCAUGUUGUACUUCUCUAUCAGGAAAACCUCUCCCCAUCCCGGGACAACCCCUGUGCCCUGGGUUCCUACUUGGGAAUGGUGGAUCCAUGGUACGACUGCAACAUCAACAGUCUGGGCUCCAUGAUCCCCAAGCUGGCCAAAAUGGUACAGUAACCUACUGUUUCUACGUUAUGUUGAAAUGACAGCAUCAAAUAGUGUUUCUGUUCUCUUUUGAUACUUUGAUUGUGCCUGCCUGGAAUUCUAGAUGGAUAGGGUUUGCACUUUCAGGACUAUUCCAUUGGUUUCAUUGGACCAAUCAAGUGUAGCUUUCAGGAUUUUAUGAGUAAACAAAAUACUAGUCUAAUCUAAAGUAGGUCUGAUCUACAGUAGAUAAAGUUAUGUGUGGUUAUGUUGAAUGUGGUUUAUGCUCUGCAACUGGGAGUCGGGACCAUAAAAUAAAUGUCCACAAAUUACUGUUUGCAUGUUGCUAGGCAUCUUGAAUGAUUAGCAAAACCAAAGGAAAUUGCACAGUACUUUACAGUAGUUGCUUGCUUACAGGAAGCGAAAAAAACAUCUGUGGGCUCUUAUCGAAACUAACAAGCUAUGAGUACUGUAUGCAAAUAGUUUUGCUGUUAUUGGUCAUCAGCAUUUAGCUGGAUAGAGGGAAGAGAAACUGAAUGACACAGUAUAGGGAAGUAUUGCGGGGAAAAGAUUGUGAAACGUAGCAGGAGCACAGGGUCAGGUUAUCAUUGUUUAAUGCUGUAGUUUCCAAUCAAUAAUGACCUAUAAUGAAUUACAACAUGAGGGAAAUAGAACAAAAAUAAGUUGACGCUGCAAAGUAAAAAAGCCUUGGUACAAACAAACUUCCAGAAGUAAUCAAGGCACUCAUGUAGUGGAAAAAUGAAAAAGCCUUUAUUGCAACGCGUCGGUGGGUUUUUUAUUAUUGUCAUGCAUAAGCCGUAAAACAAUAAAGGCUUUUGAAUUUUUCCACUACAUGAGAGUGCCUUGAUUACUUCUGGAAGUUUCUUUGCGCCAAGGCUUUUCCGGCAUUGUUUACUAUCCAGCAUUAUAAUAUAAUAUGCCAUUUAGCAGACGCUUUUAUCCAAAGCGACUUACAGUCAUGCGUGCAUAUAUUAUAUAUUUUUGUGUAUGGGUGGUCCCGGGGAUCGAACCCACUACCUUGGCGUUACAAGCGCCGUGCUCUACCAGCUGAGCUACAGAGGAUCACAGCAUUAACCCCUUAUUUUUUCUAUAGUAUCAUCCCAUGAUCAAAGAGCACAAUAAACAAAACAAACGCUCCUCUCCUGUGUCUCUACAUCAGUGAAAUAUAGUUCCUUCCAAAACAUGAUCAUUCAGUGUAUUAAAAAGCUACUUUUAUUUGUACCCCUAUCUGUCUUGGUCAACCCCAGGCUCCUUACUAACAUGAGCCUAUCUCUCUCCAGCAGUCCAACAGCAGCAAGCAGGCAGAGCCAAACCCCUUCCUGUCUGAUGUAAUUUCCUACUACGUGCGGACCGGACUGCAGCCUGUUUACUUCACCAUCUAUUCUGUCAAGGUGAGGAGACAUAGGAUGCAUCUGAAAUGGCACCCUAUUCAGAUCCCUGUGGGUCCUGGUCCAAAGCAGUACACAAUAAAGGGAAUAGGGUGCCAUUUGGAACACAAACAUAGCCAUAUGCUUUACAAACAGCUCUGGUUAUCGCCUAUAUACUAUAGAAUCUCUCUACCACUGUCUGUUGUUCAUUGUGUGAUAUAAUGACAGUUAAGUCUGCAGCAAUGGACUGAGCAUAGUUUACGUUUAGUCCUCUAGCAUGUUCAUGAUUAUCAGUCCUCACUCAUAGACCAAAAACACCAAAUGCAAGAGUGCACAUUAUCUGAAUUGUAAUAUAUUAUAAAUAUAUGCCAUUUAGCAAACGCUUUUAUCCAAAGAGACUUACAGUCAUGUAUGCAUACAUUUUUACAUACGGGUGGCCCCAGCGGGAAACAAACCCACAACCAUUGGUGUUGCAAGCGCCAUGCUCUACCAACUGAGCCACGAUUGUCCGAUAAAAAAUCCACUGGUGUUUGUUUGUCAUCCCCUUGACUAUGUUCUAGAUCUCCUUCUCCAACCUGACCAAGGACCCAGUGGAGGACGUGUUUCUCUCUCACUUAGAGCUGGACUUCCCCGAGUUCAAACAGUCCCCAGCUACUUUGAAAGGUAACAUUUAGCCUGUGUACGCUGAUCGCUGCACUCAACAUUCUCUGCAUCUGAUGUUUUUUAAACUGAUUUAAAGUGUGUGUGUACGUGUGUGCAUGCAUUGGUGUGUGCACGUGUAUAUGUCGCUCGUCCGGUCUGAUCACGUCUGUCCUCCCUCUCUCAGCCAUGACCAUCAAGCAGAAGAAGAACACUGGAGAUGUAUGUGGUGCUGUCGUCUCUGUAAACUACACAAAGGUCAGCGAAGUUCAACCGUUUUUUAAAUAUUACCUCAUCAAUGUACAUCAAUGUAAAAGUGCUGUAGCUGACUAUAAAGCUAAUGAUUGAUACUGUUGAUGCAACUUCUGUUUGUCUCUGUUUAGAGUUUUGAACUGCUUCAUGAGUGUGAACUUAACUGACCUGAAGAGAGAUCAUAUAACCUGUAUUUGACGUUUAGCUCUAUUUUGAUAGUGUUUGUGAUUGAUACUGUUCAUGCAAUGUCUGUUUGUCUCCGUUUAGAGUUUUGAACUGCAUCAUGAGAGUGAACUGACCUGAAGAAAGAUCAUAUAACCUGUAUUUGACGUUUAGGUGUUAGUUUCUCUCUAUGACCUCUGACCUGUGUCUCUGUCCUCCUCUCCAGGUGUCGUUGAGUGGUAGAGACGUAGAUAAGGGUAUGUCAGUGAGGACCUCAGGUGCUCAGAUUAGUGCCAUUCCCUCCAAUGAAACUGAAGGUAUACAACAUUAAAUAUCACACACAAUACCGCUAUUAAUGUAAUUAAUUGAUAGAUUCAACUGUAUUAUGAUCAGUGGUAGCUAAGUUGUCACCCAUUGGGCACAGACGUCAAUUCAACGUCUAUUCCAAGUUGGUUCCACGUCAUUUCAUUGAAAUGACAUGGAAACAACGUUGAUUCAGCCAGUGUGUGGCCAGUGGGCAAAGUCACAGUGUAAAAAAGUAGUGCAUGUUCAUGCUGUUAAAAUUGAUACAAUUGUGUGAAUGUAAAAAUAAGUUCUGAAAUGUCUACUACUUUUCCCAUAUUAUUCUGUAUAUUUGUUGAGGCCUGGCUUAUGUUCUUGUUCCUUUGUUGUCCUCAGAUCUGAACUGUCUUACAGUAGCUUUCAACGAAACUAAACCCAAGAACACCAUGGUAAGUUUACACAAUUUUAACACAAAGACUUCUGUUAGUGAAGGUUGUUAUAAAAUUCAUAAACAUAUUUACUUAAUCCUCUUGAUGUUCUUGGGUCUCCAUAUUGUUCUUAAGAUCACAAAGGCCUGGUUCGCUUUACUAAGCCUUGUGGCCACAUCGCUUAUGAACUCAUAAACCUAAAACCAAACCUAACACAUAAACUUAAUUCCACAGGAGGCCAAGAUCCGUACCUGUAACAUUAAGAUCAGAACCCUGGAGAUGAAAACCUUUACUGUGACCCUGGACAAAGACUCUAGGAGGACCUUCAAAGACGUACAGAGGUGAGAGCUGUUGGUGUAGCUGUUGCCAACGGUAGGCCUACCAUGUCAACUUUAAAUAGAUGAAAACAGGUCAGUGGUUUGGUGGAUAGACAGAUGAUCUUGUUACCAGAAGGUUUCUUCUGAACCAUGUUGGUCUAACCUCAUUUGAUUUGCCCUAGUCAUACUGUAUAUGUUUUAGCUACAUAUGCACAUAUUAUAUGUAUUGUGUCAUGUUGCAGUAUAAAUUAUAUAUAUUGUGUCAUGUUACAGUAUAAAUUAUAUAUAUAGUGUCAUGUUACAGUAUAAAUUAUAUAUAUAUUGUGUCAUGUUACAGUAUAUAUUAUAUAUAUUGUGUCAUGUUACAGUAUAUAUGUUAUAUGUAAAUAACUAAAUGCACAUACUGUAUAUGCUUUUAAAAGUGUCAUAUUAUAAUCCUCAGUCAAUGUUCAAUGUCACUAAAGCCCAAAUAAAACGGGCAAACAUACUUAUCUAACGCUCAUAAUUUGACAUGUCCUCUAUCAAUGAAUUCAUUUCCAGCAUAGAGAUCACCCCCUGUCUUGAUCCUGGGUACUGUGUCCAGAAGACCAUGCGGUCCAAGUUCAGUUUGGGGGAAGAGGAGAGGGACGCUGGCCUCAGCAAGUACAUGAACAAAGGACUUCCUCUUCCAAUCAACACCUUCGCUGGUAUCAUCAACUGACUGAUCCCACAACCAUCUGGAUGGACUCUCCUAUACAGAGACUGAAGGGUUGAGACCAUCCACAUUGUAUGACGAUCACGGAUGCGCUCAGUACUCAAAACAGAGCCUCAGUGUACCUUGAGGGGAUGUGGAAAGAGAACCCGGGUGGCAGCUAAGGGUAAGCCAGGGUUAUUUACCUGGUGUAACCUUGACAAGAAAACCAAUUGAGUCUGACAAGUGUUAGAUGUGUCAACAAACAAAUGAAUAUGCCAUGGGUAUUGGAUCUCGUUACAGUUUCUGCUUGUGACAGAGUUGUAUCAUAUACUGUACCCAUGGGCAUAUCUCUGACUGACAGCGUUGUCAAAAAACAAUAUUGCCUCUACAAUUUACAAUUUUAUGAGAGUGUAUGAGGCAUGAGAGUGAAGCUGAGGUGGUAUUAGCUCCUAGAUAGGCUUUAGCUCAGAGGGCUAAC